GCUUGUAUGUAGUUGCGCUGUGCUGUGUGACAGGCAGUGUCUCCAGUGAGGGAGCCGCGGAUCGUUUACUCAGUACCCGGAACCAGACCCGUGUUCCCCAGAAGACAGGGGAGCAGUGUCCGGAGAGAGGCGCCACUGGACGGCUGCAGAGGCCAGGAUGUUUCGUCUUCGCUUCUUGCCAGCGGCGGCAGCAGGACUGGCAACUGUAACCCGCCGGUACCAUGGAGUGGCUAAUCCAGUACGUAGCAGGCGGAGAUUUAUGCUUGCUGCUUUUGUGGGAGCAACUGCAGUAUCUGCUAGUGCCGGAUUACUCUGGAGGAGAGCCAAUGCAGAAGCGCAGUCUUCAGUGAAGCACAACUUGAGAGAAGAGGACAAUGUCAAAGGAAAGGAGGCAGAGGACCACGAGAUUAAGGAUGAUCAGGUUGUGGAGUCAAGUCAUGAAGAUCAACAACCAGAAGAAAAAAAGAAGAAGCAACAUGUAGGAUUUAGGGAUCGGAAGGUGAUGGAAUAUGAGAAUCGAAUUCGAGCCUAUUCAACUCCAGACAAAAUCUUCCGGUACUUUGCAACUCUGAAAGUGAUACAUGAAUCUGGAGAAGCAGAAGUCUUUAUGACACCUCAAGAUUUUGUGAGAUCCAUAACGCCGAAUGAGAAACAGCCAGAACAUUUGGGCCUGGAUCAGUUUAUCGUGAAACGAUAUGAUGGAAAGGAUUUCUGGCAGACGGAGAAAAUUUCUCAAGAACGAGAGAAGUUUGCUGAUGAGGACAGUAUCUUCUUCACAUUAGGUGAAUGUGGCCUUAUCUCAUUUUCGGACUAUAUUUUCCUUACCACGGUUCUAUCAACUCCACAGAGAAACUUUGAAAUUGCCUUCAAAAUGUUUGAUCUAAAUGGAGAUGGGGAAGUUGAUUUGGAAGAAUUUGAGCAGGUGCAAAGUAUCAUUCGAUCCCAGACGAGUAUGGGGAUGCGUCAUCGAGAUCGAUCCACUACUGGGAACACACUGAAAAUGGGGUUCAACUCUGCUCUUACCACUUAUUUCUUUGGAGCUGAUUUGAAAGGGAAACUAACCAUUAAGAACUUCCUAGAGUUUCAGAGGAAGCUGCAGCAUGAUGUACUUAAACUAGAGUUUGAGCGUCAUGAUCCAGUAAAUGGUCGCAUCACAGAGCGGCAGUUUGGCAGCAUGUUGCUGGCGUACAGUGGUGUGCAGUCCAAGAAACUCACUCUAAUGCUAAAGCAGCUGAAAAAACGUUUCAAAGAUGGAGAGGGCCUGGCAUUUCCAGAAGUGGAAAAUUUCUUUACCUUCCUGAAGAACAUCAAUGAUGUGGACACAGCUCUGAGCUUUUACCACAUGGCAGGAGCUUCUCUCGAUAAAGUUACUAUGCAGCAAGUUGCCAGGACGGUGGCGAAAGUGGAACUCUCAGACCAUGUUUGUGAUGUAGUCUUUGCUCUCUUCGAUUGUGACGGGAACGGGGAGCUGAGUAAUAAAGAGUUCAUCGCCAUCAUGAAGCAGCGUUUAAUGAGGGGGCUGGAGAAGCCAAAAGACAUGGGAUUCACUCGUCUUAUGAGAGCCAUGUGGAAAUGUGCCCAGGAGACGGCCUGGGAUUUCGCCUCACCAAAGCAGUAAGAGGAGGAAAGGAGCGAAGUCCCAUAGCAAAUCCAAAGAUGAUGAAAGACUUCCAAGAGCACAGACUGAUGGAAUAUGGGGGAAAGUUAAAGGAUCAGUAAAUGUUAGCGAUCUAUACAGUAAUACGAGUGCUUAGUGUCGCUGACUGUUUUGCCUUUGCCAAAUUGUGUUACAUUAUCCUGUCACUGGAAUGAUAGUAGGUUAUAGUCGUCCAAGAGCGCCAUUUAUUUUGUCCGAUGCCAUGUGAGGGCUAAAGAUGAGUGGAAUAUUCAGGUUGAGUCAACUAGUAAAAAGUCAGAAGAGCCAUUAGCAGUGCGUCUGUGGUGACAAAAGAGGAUCUCUGACUUAGCCUACAUUUCCAUGGUUAAUUAAUACAAAAGGUCCCACGUUUUCCAUAUCAGGCUGUGGAACUGAUAA